AAAAAAGGUGUGUUAAAUAUUAGUAUAUUAAUAGAAUGAUAAUUAAGACAGGCAUGAAUUGCUCUUUGUGACAGUUUGGAAAAUUAAGCAGAGAUCUCAAAACGCGGGUUUCCCACUGCCUGUUUUUAAAACUAACGCGUCCCUUUAAAACUUGUAGUAUUACUCUUUCGCUCGCACACACACACGUACACGUAUACUAUAAAUAAUCAUCGCAGCUGCAACCCUAAAAUCAAAAUCAAUCCCCCAUUCGAAAAAUGGAGCUCUUGGAGAAGGCGAAGAACUACGUGACCGAGAAAUUGACGAACGUGGCGGUGCCGGAGGCGACGAUCGCGGACGUGGAUCUGAAAGGCUUCGGCCUCGAUGGAAUCACACUGCUCGCCAAGGUCACCGUCUCCAACCCGUACGGCGUCCCGAUCCCGAUCGGCGAGAUCGCGUACGCCGUGAAGAGCAACGAGAGGGUGAUCGCGUCCGGCACCAUCCCCGACCCCGGAUCUCUCAAGGCCAGCGACAGCACCCACCUUGAGGUCACCGUGAAGGUGCCGCACAGCGCCGCCAUCAGCUUGGUCCGCGACAUCGGCGGCGAUUGGGACAUCGAUUAUACCCUGGCGCUAGGGCUCAUCAUCGAUCUCCCCGUGGUCGGGAAUAUCACGAUUCCGAUUUCGUAUCAGGGGGAGAUGAAGCUGCCCUCCAUUUCUGACUUUUUCAGUGGGACAUCGGGUGAGGCUAACGAGAAUGUUGAGGUCAAAUAGAUGGAUAUGUUUUCUGUUUGCUAUCACGGAAACAAUCAAUUCUCUCCACUUUUCUUUGCAUGGAUAAGGCCGGGAAGAAUGUAAUAAACCACUAUUUCGAUUCUCGCUGUUGUCUUUUUGGCUUUAUUUUGUUCCUAUCCAACUUUUUAUUAUUAGUAUUAUUUAUAUAUAAUAAAUAUUUGCCGACUUCUCUUA